AUGAUUAAAUUAUAUAUUAUUCUUAAUUCAUUGAUUGCAUUGGUAUUAAACCAAUAGGUCUGUCCAGAGGAUGAGUAUAGGUUCAAAAAUGAAUGCAUUCCAAAAUCAUGCUAGUAAUAUAUUGAAAAAUUGACAUCAAAAAAGAAGCCAAGUGGAAAAAGAUUUUUAUCAUUGGACAUGAAUGGAAAAGUGAUUAAGGAAAAAGAUGAUUACAGAAUUGAAAUUGAAUUUAAUGAUGAACUCGUUGGAGUAUUUAAUAGAGAUAAUAAUCAAUCCUGUAUAACAGAUCAAUUAUAUCGACAUGAAAUGAAUUAUGUACAUGAAAAUAAAGAUGAUACUGCUAUUGCUAGUUCCUUUGAUUAAAAAAAGAGGAAAUGGAGUUUCAUGAUUAAGUAUUGAUUUAAUUAAUAAGUAGUGAUUUAAGUAAUAAACUAUACUUGGAUAAAUAAUCAGAUAAGACAAUAUAUAAUGGAUUUUACACAAUAAAUUAUUUGGUCAAAGAUUAUGUAAUUUUAUAAUACAUGUUUGAUUUUCAAAUUGUACUCGACAAUAAUAACCAUUUGAUUGAGACUCAUUUUAAUGAUUAACUGUUGGAUGACUAGGUCUCAUGUAAUUUAUUUGGAACCUGUGUAUAAAAAGUUUAUACAGAAAUAUCAUUCUGUAAGGAUAAAGAUUGCUUGGAGGUAGCAGAUGAGGCUAACAUCACACUGAACACUCCAGUAUAUCUGAUAAGUGAGAUAAAGGAUGAGGGAUUUUAGGAUUGGUACACACACGACUAUGAAUUAACUUUUUACAGCUACUAGUUGGUUAAGAAGUUUAAACCAGUUUUUGAAUAGCAGAAGCCUGGAAAAACAAUUUUUAAAUUACUUGUCCCAUUUAUAGCAGACAAAGGCUCUCUUUAUGUGUCAGCUAAAUUGACAAAAUAAAGUUAUUGGAGAAGAGUAUUGGAAGAUGAGAUUGGAACUUCCUUAGCUAUUAGCAUUUAUUAGGAUGCACCGUGUAUUAAAAUGGACUCAAAUAAUUAAUGUCCAAGUUAAGAAUAGAUAGAGAAAACAAAUUAAUUGGAUUGCGGAUGCGUUGAUAUAUUGUAUUGCAAUGGAAUAUAUAUUAUCAAUGCCAUGAUGCUUAUAUUAAUUUUAUUGGUAAUUUGAAUUCG